GCUCACUUGCAAUGUGCAACGAACUUUGAUAUAUGCAAGAAAGUAUACGAACCACAUGGCUCAUUAGACCUAGUUUUUAUUUAUUCUAUUUUAUUCAGUGGAUUUCUUCCAUCAGUGUGUAUUUUGAUAACAUAAUCACCAGUUUCAGUUUAUUAUCGCUGCUCUGCACAGCGAACUAGAUAACCGCCGGUCAUGAUGAAGGUGGCUGCCAAUCUGACGUUCAUGUUCACUGAAGCCGGGGGUUUGCUGGCCCGUUACAAGGCUGCCAAAAAAGCUGGAUUUUUGGCGGUUGAGUGCGCCUUCCCUUACUCGGUGCCCGUUGAGGAUGUUGCCAGCGUCCUUAGGGAAACUGGGCUGAAGCAGGUCCUCAUCACUUCGUAUCCUGGAAACCUGGAAGAAGGUGAGCUGGGGUUCGCCGCUGUUCCAGGCCAGGAGGAGCGGUUUAAAGAGUCCCUGGAGAGGUCCAUCGCCUACGCUAAAGGACUCAGUUGCCACAAACUACACAUCAUGUCUGGCAUGAGGAGUCAUAAUCAUGAUGAGGCAACCCAUCUGGCAACACUUGAAUCCAACCUGCGCUACGCCGUCAGUCGCCUGGUCGCAGAGGACAUUGUGGGGUUUAUUGAGCCGUUAAACCCAGUAUCAAAUCCUGGGUACUUCCUUAACAACUUUCCUACAGCCGCGAUGCUGAUCAAGAAGAUCGACUCCCCCAACCUUCGGCUCCAACUGGACAUUUUCCACUUGCAGAUGAUCGCCGGAAACGUCGCCAACAACAUACGAGAGCUGAUGCCAUUGACUGGGCACAUCCAGGUUGGCCAGGCGCCCCAUCGCCACGAACCCUCAUGCCCGGGUGAGCUGGACUAUGUCUACGUCUUCGGGAAAUUGAAAGAGGCAGGAUAUGAAGGUUAUGUUGGCGCAGAAUACAAGCCAUCUACCACCUCUGAGGAUUCCCUGGACUGGAUUGACAAAUGUUCACUACAGCUGUAGUAGAGGAAACCUACUUUUAAAAGUACUUUAAGUAAGAUUGUUAUAUCAGUUUAAAAUCUAAUUAUUAUAUGGUAUAUAAGUAAGGAUAAAAACCUUUUAUAAGUGCAUUGUUAUGAUUUUGUUUUACUUUUGGUCAUAAACUUUAGUUAGAACAGUGUAAAGAUGACUUGUAGUUUUUAUUUUUAAAUAUAUGACUAGUCUUCAGUCUUACCUAAGUCUUAGACAUUUGAAAAC